AUUCUUUGUGAGUUGAGAAAGAACAGGUCUGAGGAGGGGCUACAGAGGGAAAUAUGUGAGGUUAUAAAAACCAUCGUCCAGAGAAGAGCUGGAAAGAGGAACAGAAAGGGGAGAAGGAUGGCAGAGAUGUAUGAACCCAAGGAGCCAGAUGACUCUGAGGAGGAGACAUUUGGGGGCCAGAGACUGGCUGAGAGGCACCCUAGACUACUGCACAGUUUGAGGAGCUUGCCAGAGUGUGUGACCUGGGCCCCUCUGCUUCUCCUGUUGCUCCUUUUCAUCUCCCUGGGUUUCUUCACGCUCCAGCUGACCACUCUGGUUCAAGUUUCCAGGAUCCGGUGUCUGCAGAGAGAUUCAGGAGACCGUGAGAACAACAGCCUGGAUAAGUGGCUGGACACCAAGUUCCGGAGUCUGACUGAAGUUGCACAGAAGCAGAUGCAAUCAAACCUGGAGGAGAUCCUACAGCACCUGACCCGGAUGAAUGCCACCCUAGCUGGCCUGUGCCAUCCUUGUCCUCAGAAUUGGGAGUUCUUCGACGGAAGCUGCUACUUCUUCUCCUGGACCCAGAGUGACUGGAGAUCUGCCGUCUCCGCCUGUCUGCUUAUUGGGGCCCACCUAGUUAUCAUCGAGAGUACUGAGGAGGAGAAAUUCCUGAACUUUUGGUAUGCCAGAAAUAAUAAACCCACCUGGAUCGGCCUCAGCGACCACCACAAUGAGGGGUCCUGGCGGUGGGUGGAUGACAGUCCUGUCCAACUCAGCUUCUGGAAAAAAGGGGAGCCCAACAACCACGGAGAUGAGGACUGUGUGGAACUGCACAACGAUGGCUGGAAUGAUGGCAGAUGUGUUACAGAAAACCCCUGGAUCUGUGAGAAGCCCUCGGCCCCCUGCCCAGACCUUAGAGAGUUGCUGCCUCCACCAUCCCGCCCUGCCCCGCCACCCCCCGCCCCCCAUUAGCAGAGAUCAGCUACUGGAACAUGCACUCUGAGGGUUCUUCUUGGGCCCCACCCCUUUCCGUUUUCCGCUUUGGUGAAUGCCCAUCCCGUUACUAUUCAGAAGACUUUGAGAUCCUCUAAGACCAAUCUCUGCACAAACUAUAGAUCAUUUUUCUUCAUCUGUCAAUAGGCUCAGCUCCAUGGUAUCCCCUUAAUGGUAUCUGUCCCUCCAUGGUAGCCCCUUAAUAAAGUCAUACCUUGCAUUAUGUG